AAUCUUUCACAUUUUUGGCUCACUCUUCUAAGGGUAGACUUAACCAGCCACAAUAAUGCCCUAAACACUCCUUUCUCACUUUUACGCCUCCUUUGUGUCAACUUUAUGGAGGUGGGUUCUUUGAUUUAUUGACUUUGUUGCAUCCCAAAUUGAUUUUUCUUCUUAAAAAAGUUGUUGUUGGUUCAAGGGAUUUCUUCAUAUAAUCAUCCUCUCCCCUCCUUCACUGUACUACCCACAGUUCCAUUUUCGGUCCAAUCUACUACUCUUAAAAUAGUUUCAGAUAAGAAUGUGGAUGCCAGACAUGAUGCGAUUCUAGCUAUUUCUUUCUUUCUUUCUUUCUCCUUCUCUCUAUCUGGGUUUUUCAACUUUGAAGUGCUUUUAGAUUGAGUGUGCUUUAUUCAGAUAGAGAGAUAACAUCAUGGCAGGAGGAGGAGGAGGACCGACGAAGGCUGAAGAACCGGCACCGCAUCCACCUAAAGAUCAGCUUCCAAAUGUUUCCUACUGUAUUACUAGUCCUCCCCCAUGGCCCGAGGCAAUCCUACUUGGAUUCCAACAUUACUUAGUGAUGCUUGGCACAACUGUUAUUAUUCCCACCUCUCUUGUUCCUCAUAUGGGUGGUGGAAAUGAGGAGAAAGCAAAGGUUAUACAGACUAUACUCUUUGUUGCUGGAUUGAAUACACUGUUUCAAACAUCGUUCGGAACAAGGUUGCCUGCUGUAAUAGGAGGGUCGUAUACAUUUGUUGCAGCAACGAUUUCAAUUAUUCUGGCUGGCCGUUUUAAUGACACUGACCCCGAUGCAGAUCCUAUUAAGAAAUUUAAGGAUACAAUGCGGGCGAUUCAGGGUGCUAUGAUUGUUGCUUCAACUCUUCAGAUGGUUCUGGGUUUUAGUGGCCUUUGGCGAAACGUGGCAAAGUUUCUAACUCCACUUUCUGUCACUCCUUUGGUCGCUCUUUCUGGUUUCGGGCUUUAUGAAUUUGGUUUCCCUGGAGUUGCCAAAUGCGUUGAAAUAGGACUCCCACAGCUCGUUCUUCUAGUUUUCUUCGCACAGUAUCUACCGAAUAUUAUACACAAAGGGAAAGAUAUCUUUGGUCGUUUUGCUGUUCUAUUUACUGUGGUGAUUGUAUGGAUUUAUGCUCACCUACUCACUGUAGGUGGAGCCUACAAUGGUACACCACUAAAAACACAGUUAAGCUGUCGAACAGAUCGUUCUGGUCUUAUCAACUCAGCUCCUUGGAUAAGGAUACCGUAUCCCUUUCAAUGGGGAACACCUACAUUUGAUGCUGGUGAAGCGUUUGCCAUGAUGUUUACUUCAUUUGUGGCUCUUGUAGAGUCAACUGGUGCGUUUUAUGCUGUAGCAAGAUAUGCAAGUGCAACUCCCUUACCGGCUUCCAUUCUAAGUCGUGGAGUUGGUUGGCAGGGAGUUGCCAUUUUGAUGUCUGGAUUAUUUGGAACUGUGACUGGAUCUUCUGUCUCCGUUGAGAAUGCUGGUCUAUUGGCUUUGACACGUGUUGGCAGUAGACGGGUUAUUCAAAUAUCGGCUGGUUUCAUGAUUUUCUUUUCAGUUCUAGGAAAAUUUGGAGCAGUGUUUGCCUCGAUUCCCGCCUCAAUUAUUGGUGCAUUAUACUGUGUUUUCUUCGCUUAUGUCGGUUCGGUGGGAUUGAGCUUCCUCCAGUUCUGUAAUCUGAACAGUUUCCGGACCAAAUUCAUACUGGGAUUGUCAAUCUUCUUGGGCCUGUCGAUUCCUCAAUACUUCAAUGAAUACACGGCAAUUGCUGGUUAUGGCCCCGUCCACUCAUCUGGAAGAUGGUUUAACGACAUGAUCAACGUUCCAUUCUCUUCGGAAGCUUUUGUGGCUGGAAUAUUGGCAUACUUUCUGGACAACACAAUACACAAGAAAGAUAAUUCGAUAAGGAAAGACCGUGGCAAGCACUGGUGGGACAAGUUCCGAUCCUUCAAGACAGAUACCAGGAGCGAAGAAUUCUAUUCCCUUCCCUUCAAUCUCAACAAAUAUUUCCCAUCAGUUUAAUCAAUAACUUAUAUAUUAGUAUCCGGGAUGAUUAUUGUGUUUAUUGACCUUGCUUUUUCUUGCACGACUCAUAUGUGUAUGUGCUAAAUAGCGGUAUGUAUUAUCAUAGUUGAGCCCUGAAAAUGUAUUAGAAUAUUUGUUUAAUUUAUAUUUGCUUAUAUAAAAAAGUAUGCAGAGUGCCUUACU